AUAUCAGUUAAUACGAGACCUUUUUCCGGGAUUUCUUUUUAUCUCUUCGGGAAAUGCGUUGGAUUGAGCUUAGGCAAGUGGGGUUGGCUGCGAAAUGAAAUUUGCGAAAGCUAAGCCUGGCAGACAGAAAAAUCGACAAAAGGCUCUGUGGCCGCGAUCAUAAAAUCUGCUUUUCCCCGCGAUUAAGCACGAAGCGGCGUGGCGGGCGCCUGCGAGUUAGGCAGCCUGGCGAAAGUGGGUGCGCGGCGCAGCUGCCGACAUGCCAGGGGCGCCGCGCACAAACACCCACGCAGCUAUCGCAGGGGUAGCCGAACAGCUGACCGAGCCGUGUUUACCCUCGACGUGGGGGCUGCUGCUGUUCGGGGGCCGAAAUGCUCGGCCUCGAGUCUCCGGAGGCGGCCACGGCCGAACGCUCCACUCUGCUCGCAGGCUCCAAGUUGUCCGUCAGCGACAGUUUCGACGAGGACAACAGCGACGACGCCGACGACGAGGUUUUCAUCCAGGACGGCAAGAAUGGCAGGCCCAAGGGCACCGGGGCUGCAGUCAAACGACCCCUCAUGCCACCCAGAAGAAAGGUGCACAAAUCGAUUCCAUUCGAAUCGAAUAUCCACAGAAGGGCACUGAUCAGGGCACUGAAAGGGCCUUGUUGCUUUGCACUCCUCUUCCUGAGCAUUUUCAUAAUUGCAGUUGGCUCGCUGUCGAUAUUUUUCAACUCGUUUCUCUCCGAGCGCAAGUGGAAAGAGCAGAAAGCCUCGGAACUGGUCACGCCGUCUGAAUUGUACAGUAAAAUUGUCUGGAACGUGACUUUUCACGGAAUUUAUCCGACGAGCACUCUUUUCGCGGUCGACGCGAAUUCUGACGGCGUCUUGGACGUAAUCUUGGCUUUUGGAACUGCGGUCGACCGAAUCGAUGACCCGGGCUUCGUGUGUGCUGUUUACUUUGAAGGACAUUACCCCUGCUAUGGCGGGAUUUUAGCACUGGACGGCUCCACUGGACAACAGCUUUGGCGUUUCUGGACGGAGAGCGCCGUCCAAAGCCUCGACUGCUCUGCCGAUCUAACGGACGAUAAGGUUAACGAUUGCGUCGCGGCAGAUAAAUCAGGGGUGUUACAAGCGAUUAACGGGCACGACGGAAGUAGAAUUUGGAGCUUCCCGUCGACAACGCCGAUGCAACUGUCCGACGGCGGAGACCAACUGAACCCGAGAUUCGUGCCAGACAUGAACGAGGACGGCAAGCAAGACCUGGUCGUCGGCUACAACAGCGCCUCAAACGUCUGCGGGCAUUCGAGCACGUACCCUCAGGGUCAUUUGUUGCUUCUGAACGGCGCCACCGGGGAGGUGCUGCAGUGUCUGGAGGUGAUGGACCACGCGAACAUAACAACGGCGCCGACGCUGAUUGUGAUGGCGGAGGGAAGCAACCACCUGCUGAUGUCGUUAGCCGUGUUGGAUCAGGCCAAGUUGGUGCUCAUGCCGCUCCACCCGCAGUUGGGCGUCAUCAGCGACGUGCUAAAAGAGUUGCCUGUCAAUGGGAAAUCGAGCAUCAGCACCCCUCUGCUCGUCGAUUUAAACGACGACGGCACUGCAGACGUCAUCGUGUCGUCUAGAGGUGAUUUGGUUGCAAUCGACGGUAGGAGUUUGGAGCAGAUGUGGACGUUACAAAAAUCAGAUAACUACGUUGUAAAUGGGCCAAUUUUAGCUGGCUACUUCAGCAAUGACAGCGUUCCCGACAUUAUCGUAAAAUAUUCUAUUCCUGGCAGAGACUAUCAGGAAAUAAUUAUACUUGACGGAUCAACUGGAAAACUGAUAAUCUCUUCAAUAUUAGCCGCUAAGGGCGGGGCAAAUGCGCCAAGUGCGAGCUUAGAAGGCUUUGGAAACGAUGUAUUCCUGUAUUGGAGUCCCACUUGCACAUUUGACAAAGAAGCGAAUAUUGACUGCGCAAAAGACGAGAAUACAACUAGCGCCUUGGAGCUGCAAGUCCUACUGCCAAACAAAAAUUCUUCCUUUCCUCUCUACAAACUUAUUUCCAACGGAGACAAUCCUGACGAGGACUGGCGAAUGGCGAGCACCUACCUGAACACGCACCCUGACUUCUGGGACCAGUACGUGAGACUGAUUUGCGCCGCGGAGAGCAGCGCCGAAGAAGCUUUAAGCGCGCAGCAGCAGGAAUCGGUGGAAAACGUUGGCUACCAAAAGCAGCACAACGUUCGCAAGCAUGGCCGACUUCCCGAGGAAACGCAGCCCCUCUAUUCAGAUUACGACACGGGGAGUAAUUACCGGCCAAGUUACGAGGACGCACGACCGAGACGCGAGGCGCACAGCUACGUUUUGCCCACGAUCACUUCAUCAGGAAUCCUCUUGCCGCGCUUUAAUCAAUAUGAGGAAGGCUUGGAUUUGGUUUACACUUUAUCAACACCCACGCCAGAUGACCCAAUUCCGACGGCGUAUCAGCAGUGUUUAGUCAACAAAAUUUCUCAGCUGAAGUCAAGCAGGAGACGCAUUUUGAUGGCGAGCUGCCAACGACAGGCCAAGGAUGUGGCCUUGGAGUGCUGGAAGGAAGCGACCCAGAUGACCUCGGCGACGAGACCUUUUGGUGCAACCAGAAUGGCCAGAUUAACAGUGCAUCGACAGACAAUUCAGCUCAAAUGCAGUGAUCAGGUUCUCAAGGACGGCCAACGGUGCGCAGCCCUUCUUCCUUGGAAUAUGCAGAGUCUACCUCGAGGUCAAGCACGUUCAAAUUUAUUUUUUCCCAGAAACAUCGGUCAGUAGAAAAUAAUUGUAAGCACUAUACUUUUCAUAAACUGGUUUAUUUAACGAAAAUCGAGCUUUACAGAAAAUUUGUGAAAAUUAUUUUUAUUUUUACUUGAAAAAUGAACUAUAAAUGAUGAAAUCUGAAAUGUUCGUCCUAAUUUGUUGUUUAAUUUUCUGAGAAUAUCGGCUCAAAGGUUUGCAUGCUAAUCAAGCGGCGAACUCUCAUCCUUAUUUAUUCCACCAGAAUGGAAAUUAGAUCAUAAUUCACACACAUCACUGUUCUCCUUGGUCCUGAUUU